ACCUCGUCUUCAGCUCAGUUCCUGUACUAGUGGACAUAGAUCUUUUCAAAAUCGUGUCUAUAGCAUUGCCUGCACAUCUUUCUCUCGCGGCGUGUCUCCGAACGAAUUGUAUUGAACCUCCUCCCCCAUGCGUGAUCGGGUUCGAGGUCUGAGUAACGUCCGUUUCGACUUGGCGAUGGCGGCCUUGCAAGGUUUCGGCGACCUCCGGUUCGUUUUGUAAGAUGAAGUAAUGAGCUUUUCUUCACGACAACGAGAGUUCAUUACUUCCAGAGAGAUGGGACGAGGAGACUGUACCCCCUGCUUCUCACUGAGGAUUUGAAGCAGCGAUACGCUACCAGCGUCCAGUAAUGGACGUAUAUUCUUCUGGAGAAGAGCUCAUUAUAAAGACGAGAAAACCAUAUACUAUUACUAAGCAACGUGAAAGAUGGACAGAGGACGAACACACCAGAUUCAUAGAAGCUCUGAAGCUGUAUGGCCGAGCUUGGCAGCGUAUAGAAGAACACAUUGGAACAAAGACUGCCGUGCAGAUUAGAAGUCACGCACAAAAGUUCUUCUCAAAGAUGGAAAAAGAGGCUCUUAUCAAAGGCAUUCCACUUGGAAAAGCUCUUGACAUAGAGAUACCUCCUCCACGUCCUAAAAGAAAACCAAGCAAUCCAUAUCCUCGAAAGACCAGCACAGGGGCUCCUCAGUCUUCUCCUGUCAAGGACGGAAAACUCUUAACACCAGCUUCGCAUCUGCAUACCAGUAAACAACCAUUGGACUUGCAGAAUGACUCAUCUGCUGAGAAACCUGCUCAAAGUGUGAACUCUGCUAGAACAAAAGAAAUUCUGAAUGAGAACAAUCGCUCAGAAGCCCUUACUCUUUUCCAAGAGGUUCCCUGCACUUCCUACUCUUCUGUAAGCAAAAUACCAGCAUCUUCUGCACCCAAAUGCUCAUCUACCUUCAGGGAGUUUGUACCCUCAAUGAAAGAUAUAGAGGACCAGGGUGCAAGUGAUGAAUCCCAUCUCACAGUCAAAACCAAAGUGAAUCAGAAAUUGGACAGAACCAAUGCCGACUGUAAAGACAUGAAUAAUGGUGUAAUUGGGACCCUGAACUUACAGACAUCGAGCCCGAGUUCACAUGAUGAACUGGUCCAAGGAGUAAGAACAGAUGAACCGAAGAAGCCUGAAAUGCUUGGCCUGUUCUCAACAGAUGAAAUGCAAAUAAAUCAGAAUUUCCCAAGGCAUGUCCCUUUGCAAUUUGUAGAUGGAAUCUCAGGAACAUGCAUGCAAACUGUGGGCCCUGACAUGACAUACCCUGCAUCCAUCAUGCACGAACAUGGGGGAGCUCAUGGAAAUCCAAAUAUGUUCACAAACCCAACCGCUUCUGCAAGUAGUGAACACUAUAGUAACAUGUCAAGGUCUUCUGUUCACCAAUCCGUGCCAACUUUUCCUUCCCCCUUCACCCCAGUGUGCAACAAUCAAGACAAUUACCAAUCCUUUCUCAACUUCUCUGCUACUUUUUCAAGUCUUGUUGUAUCUGCUCUGUUGCAAAACCCCGCAGCCCAUGCUGCAGCAAGCCUGGCUGCUUCAUUCUGGUCAUGUACUAAUGUGGAAGCUUUGGUAGAUUCUUCUUCUGGUACUCUCGGAGGGUUUCCAUUAAGACAGAUGAGCCCACCUCCUAGUAUGGCAGCAGUUGCUGCUGCUACAGUUGCAGCUGCAUCUGCAUGGUGGGCAGCUCAUGGGCUGUUGCCAUUGUGCCCCCCUCUUCACACUGGCAUUAAUUGUGUUCCUUCACCCACCGCUGCAAUUCCAUCCACAGAUACUGGUCAAUUUACUGUAGUCAACAAAGGUAAAAAGGACAAUAAUUCUCAGGUUCCACCUUGGGAAGAUGAACAACUGGAUCCAAAAUUCUCCGAGGCUCUGAAAAGAGACUCGGCUUCCAAGUCUCCCCCUGUGUCAUCAGUAGAUUCUGAGAGUGGAGCUACAAUGUCGAAUAGCAGCAAAUUGAAAGAUCAUAUGCAGAAGCCCAUGCAGGUUCCCGGGUUCCACGACUCCAACAAGGCUAAGACAAGAAAACAGGUUGACCGUUCCUCAUGUGGUUCCAACACAGCUUCCAGCAGUGAAGUAGAGAUGGAUGCAUUAGAGAAGCAUGUGAAAGGUGAGGAAGAGUCAAAAGAAAUUGAUUUAAGCCAUGCAUCUGGUGAGACUAAUUACCGUUGCAGUAGAAGUGCCAGCAAUGUGACCGAGUCAUGGAAGGAGGUCUCAGAAGAGGGUCGGAUUGCCUUUCAAGCACUCUUCUCUAGACAAGUACUGCCACAGAGCUUUUCACGUCUAAAUGAUCUGAGCAAUGGGCAUCCAAAGUCAAGUGAUGAAGAAAGAAAUGAGAAAGGUGAAGAGGCCACUUUGCAGCUAGACCUUAGUAGCAAGAAGACAUGGGGUACUUGUCCAGAUCAUCCAGGGGCAGAAAAACCUGAAUCACUGAAAAGCAGUAAUAAUCUUGAGUUAGGGUCGUUGAUGAUGGGGUUCGGACAUGCAAGGCUGAAAGCUCGUCGAACUGGAUUUAAACCGUACAAAAGGUGUUCAAUUGAAUCCAAGGAAAACAGGGUGGGAAAUGGUAGUGACCCAGGGGAAGAGAAAGGUCACAAGAGGAUACGUGUGGAAGGGGAAGCGUCAGCUUGGUAAUGCAUGCAAUCCUGCAGCAAGGGGAACCUUUGCUCAUUGCAUAUAAUUCUUAGUUUUUCCCAUUUUUCUUAUUCUUAUUUUAAGUUGUGAAGUAAACGGUUCGUGUCAUUGUGUA